CUUACUAGGAGUUUGGUGUUAGUCUUCAAUUUGGUAGAUAAGGAAGUGUUCUCUAAGAAGCUGCUACCCUGCUUCUGGCAAUGGGCGAAAAGGUAUUGGGUUGUCGACGAAAACUUCUCCCUUGAUGACUUGACAAACGAUCGGUGGAUCCUCGUGUGCCCCAACAUUUAGGAAGCUUCCCGGAUUGUAAUAUUCAAUGGAUCUAUUUUCAGAGACUUCUCCAUGUGUAUCUCCUUUUGGAGAGAGGACGUGGUGAGGUCGUAUCAGGGGGAUGCUGGGAUUCUGGCUUAUGACAUUCCACUCCACCUUAAAAUUCUUGACCUCAUUGAAUCCAUUGGAAACUUCUGUGUCGGAUUCCUGGUUGUUGAUUGGAAUGCUUGGAGUUCCCUGUUCGUACGAAUCAAGGUUAGGGCGGUUGGUCUUAUCCCUAGAGAGGUUCCUUUGAGGUUUGGAAACUCCUACUAUGUUGUGAGAAUCUCGAAGCCUCCGGCGGCGGAAGCCGAGCUGUCUCCGGCGGGGGGCUCUAGAGUUAGCAUAUGUGGUAACGAUAAGAGUCGUUUGGACUCCAUGGAGCAUACAUCGAGUACUUCUUCCAGUAUGAAACCUCAUUCAUGCAGAAAUGGGGUUUCCAAGACAGCUAGGUCUAGAAGGGGUGUGGCGGAUAACCAUAGAGGGAUUUCAAAUUCGCAGAAUUUACAUCUUCAGCCAAAGAAGAACGAGAGGAAAGUGUGGUUUAGAAAGCUCGGGCCUGUCCUAAACCCUAGUUUGGCGGCCCAUUAUGUUGGCAACAGUGGGACUAGUCUGGAUCUUGGUUCGCCUCUUCAUCAUCUAAAGCCCAACCCACGUGCUAUCUUUGCAAAACUUAUAAUGGAUCCUACUUGGUUUCUUCCUCCGUUGAGACCAGGCCCUUUCCUCUCUUCUUUAGUCUCUAAGCUCUUAGUGGCCUGUACUUCAUGGGCUUUAACUUCGUCUUCGUUACCAAAGAGCCUCCAACGCUAUCGAUAUACCCCUUUUUCUUCACCAAUUGAUUUUGAAGACCUUCCUGAAUGCGAGCCAGUAAACAGUCCUCCCAGUGAAUCGCCCGAUUGGAGCUAUUCACCUUCCUCGUUGUCAAAUCCUGCCUGAUUAGAAAUGUCGACAUCUAUCUUGUGCCUAGCUAGCCCCAACCUCAGCUGCGAUGAGUUACCCUCUCCUAUGUGAGUUGGGGCACCAAGAUUUGCGCUGGGAUGUUGAAGCAUUCCCUUUCGUUGUUGAGACUUUGGCAGGUGAACGCUUGAUGGUGAGUCAUCUAUUGGAAUUGGAAUUAGGUGGAGGCCAGGAAGCGGUGGAUACUUUGGUUUCUCAAACAGCUCGAUCCUUGCAUCAAUGAAAGAUUAGAAGUGGU